AUGGCUGAAGAGAACUGCACCAAGGUGACCCAGUUCACCUUCUCAGGACUCACAGAGCACCCACAACUCAAGCUCAUCCUCUUUGUGCUCUUCCUGGGCACCUAUGUGCUGACAUUGAUGGGGAACCUCGUUCUGAUCAUCCUGAUCAGGGUCAGUCCCCAGCUUCACACCCCCAUGUACUUUUUCCUUGGUAACUUGUCCUUCUUAGACAUUUGCUACUCCUCCACCAUCAGCCCCAAAAUGCUGCUGGACCUUCCAACAGAAAGCAGAGCCAUUUCUUUUGCUGGCUGCCUCACACAAUUUUAUUUCUAUGCUGUUUUUGCCACUGCUGAGAUUUACCUUCUGGCUGCCAUGGCUUAUGACCGGUACGUGGCCAUCUCCAAGCCCCUGCUCUACCAGACUGUUAUGUCUUUUCGUGUCUGCAUGAGCCUGGUCGCUGCAUCCUACCUUGCAGGGUUGUUCAAUGCCAUUGUGCACACAAGCGCCCUGCUCCGCCUGUCCUUCUGCAGACUCCUGGUCAUCAACAAUUUCUUCUGCGAUGGGCCACCGCUGUUUGUUGUCUCCUCCACAGACACAUACCUCAACAAGGGUUUAAUGUUUGUGUUUGUGGGUUUCAACAUGAUGGCCACCAACCUGCUCAUCCUUAUCUCCUAUGCCUGCAUCGUGGUGGCCGUGGGCAGGACGGGCUCUGCCGCAGGUAGGCGCAAAGCCUUUUCCACCUGCUCCUCGCACCUGGCUGCCAUCCUCAUUUUCUAUGUGUCUGCUUCUUUUAAUUACAUGCAACCCAGUUCGUCAAACUCACUGGAGGGCAAGAAAAUCGCAUCUGUUUUUUACACCACUAUUGUCCCCAUGCUGAACCCCAUGAUUUACAGCCUGAGAAACGAGGAGGUGAAGCACUCCCUGGGAAUUUUUAUCAAGAGGAAGAUGUAUUUCUGA